CUUGAAUUCUUCUCGCUUACGAUUUGUGAAUACGCUAAGCAAAUAUAGCCUAGUACCGAAAAGGGUUGGAAAGCCCUGUGAAAACUAGCGGCUGGUAAGCGAAAAGCAACCUCCACCUUGGGAGAUUUCACGACAAUUCCACGGUAUUCGCAUUUCAACGUCAACUACAUCGAAUCAGUCAACAUGGCGCCCGCGAACACCGGAGCAAAGAAGCAGAAGAAGAAGUGGUCCAAGGGAAAGGUUAAGGACAAGGCCCAACACGCUGUCAUUCUCGACAAGGCCACCUCAGACAAGCUCUACAAGGAUGUCCAAUCAUACCGUCUUAUCACAGUUGCCACUCUCGUCGACAGACUAAAGAUCAACGGAUCGCUCGCACGGAGAUGUUUGGCGGAUUUGGAGGAGAAGGGACAGAUCAAGAAGGUUGUCGGACACAGCAAGUUGCAGAUCUACACUCGUGCGGUCGCUGCUGCGGAAUAGAGGAUCUCCCUUUCUGUUUCUUCGAUGUCAUGACCAACCACCCUUCUUUCGAUAACGAACCAAACAUGGGCUAGAGCGAAUGGGUAUGGGUUGAGCAUUUGCAAUGGGCAUGGGAUUUGAUUUUACGGUGUAGCAUAUCAAAAUCGAACUGCUUCGCAACUGCAAAC